AUGAUCACGGUUGGUGUCCAGCGACCAGGGAAUGCAAAGGUUGAGGUGACUGUCUCGACUAGUCUGUAUAGAGCGUUUCUGGCAGUCACGGAUAUCAUGUUCGCUUAUGCCGCUCAUCCGGCCUUCUUUGGCUUCAUUUCCGAGAUGAAAACCCCCACAGACUGGCCGAAGACAUUGUGUACUGUUCAACUCAUCAGCACGACCUUGUACACCGUCACCGGGGUGGUCAUCUACCGGUCUGCUGGCCAGGACGUUGCGUCACCGGCAUUGGGCUCAGGCGGCCCUUUAAUGGCGAAGGUCGUUGGUCUAGUGGCAAUACUGACCUCGCAGAUUGUGAUCGCCGGGGUGAUUAAUGGUCACAUCGCCUGCAAGUACAUUCAUGUACGUCUGUUCCGGGGUACCGAGCAUAUGCACCGGCGCAGUCUCUUCUCGAUAAUAGGGACUUGGGUGGCAAUCUCGUUGGUGCUGUGGACGAGUGCCUGGGUCAUUGCAGAAGCAGUUCCUGUGUUUAAUAACCUGCUGAGCCUGAUUACGUCACUGUUCGGCAGUUGGUUCUCAUAUGGACUAUGUGGUGUCUUCUGGCUCUUCAUCAAUCAGAGGCGUUGGUUCUCGUCGCCGAGGGAAAUAUUCUUGACCAUUGUCAAUUUCACCCUGCUUGGCAUGGGAGGAUGUCUGUGUGGCCUUGGACUGUAUGUGUCUGGCCGAGCAAUCAGCGAAGAGCCAGCUGGUGGUAGUUUCUCCUGCGCCAAUAAUGCAUAG